GUACAUUUAUUAAUGACAUUGAUGUAUAAUUAAACAAAUUAUUGACCUUUGAAAACAAAUGACCCCUGACCCGGCCUUCUGGUCCCAGUCACAUCAAAAAUACAAACAAAGAAAACGUAGUGAACCAGCUCAGGUUCACUCCUACGUUUCUUUCUUUCUUUUUUGAUAGAUGAAGUACUCAUAAAUUAAUGAUAUUGAUAUUUUUUCUGGUAUCUUUGAAUGUUUUUAGUACUUCAUGUUUGUCCUCUGGUUAUAAAAGUUUAAAGUUUUUGUUUUUGUUUUUACAGUUUUACACUAUGAAAACGGUUUUAUUAUGUAUAUAAAUUAAAUAUUUCGUGACUUUUGAAUGCUCUAAUGAAUUUACCAACCGGUUUCUUAUAUAAUAUUUGUGUAAAAGCGUCGAUUCAGCGCUUAAAUGUUAUCAAAUUAAAAAAUUAAGGUUGUCAUGGAGAUAGCCCGGAGAUGACGUCACGAUUUUUUGGGUCAGUUUGCGGUUACUAGGCAACGUUACAUUUCAGUAAUUUAGCCAGGCUAACGUCGUCCUGGCUCCUCUGCUGAUUAAACAUCCCGGAUGGCUGCCUUGUUGUUGGACCGGAGCCGGGCCCCGGUGGCCUUCGGGCGGCGGGCUGUUCCGCAGCUCUUCGAGGAGCUUCAGCAGCCGGAGACGAGCUGCAGACAGCGGGCUUUAAACUCGCUGUGCGACCUAAUGCACGACCCGGAGCGGAUCUACCAGACUGUCAACGGGGGUUUUUUGGAUCAGAUGAAGGUUUUGUUGGAGGAUGAAGAUCCAUCAGUCAGAGCAAACACCUGCAAGCUCCUUUACGUGCUGACUGGCCACAACAUCGGCAGACAGGCCCUCCUCUCCUCCUCCCUCCUCCCCCCUCUCUCUCAGCUGCUGGACGACAACUUGUGCUCCUGCAGGAGAAAUGUCCACCGAGUGCUAAACCGCCUCACUCUACUACCUGCAGGCGCUGAAGCUCUCCUGUCUCUGGUUCCUAAACUGAUGCUGAAGCUCAAACUGCAGGAGGAGGGCGAGGAGGAGGAGGAAGAGGAGGAGGUGCAGGUGCUGCUCCUCUCCACCGUCUGCUCCUGCUCCAGACUGGACCCUCUCCCGGCUCUGGCCUCCGACGGUGUCUCUCUGCUGAGUCGCAAACUCUCCCAUCACUCCUCUGACAUCCGCAGGGAGGCGGCGGCGGCCAUGAUGGCGCUCAGUGUGUCCGGGGAUGGGAAGCAGCAGGUGUGCGAGGAGGUGGUACUUCCUGUCCUGGUGGAUCUGCUGCGGGAUCAGGAAGUGGAGGUUCAGGCAAACGCUGCCGGAGUCAUCAUGUACACUGCGAUCAUCACCACAGGUAAGCAGCAGUGUCUGGAUCUGGGCGUCAUCCCCAUCCUCCUGGACCUCGUGUCCAAGAAGAAAGAGGAAGAGGAAGAGAAGGAUGAAGAGAAGAAGAGGAGGAGAAAGGCCGUCAUCAUGUACUCCCUGCGGGCUCUGACCUCGUUGGCUGAAAUUCCAAAAGGCCGCUGCCUCCUGCUGGAGCAGCUCCCCCUGCUGGUGGAGAGGAGCGAGGCUGCAGAGGAGGACCAGGACAUCAGACGGGCCGCUCAGUCCGCCGUCCGGGUCGUCACAUGGGCUCCAUGAGACUCUGACGACCUCUGAAGCAGAGCCACGAUGAAAAGUCUAUAAAAAGAAAAUCAAUCCGGGGCUAUUUUUUGUUUUUUCUCUCUUAGUUUUAAUCAUGAUUUGAACAAUUAACUCUUUCGUAGUUAAGGAUCGUAGUGGCUUAAUGAAAGUAGAUCACGUAAAAAUCUGGGUGCAAACAUUUUUACCAAAUACUUUUAUUUUUGUUAUUAUUACUCAAGAUAGCACCAACUUAUAAAAAAAGGUUAAAUAGAGAUUUUAUGGGGUAAGCAAAUGCUAACUCAUCAGCUAACAUUAGGUAAGAUUCUUAUUUUGUUACCAUGUGCUGUAUUGAAGGACUCUUGACACUAGUGAAUAAAACCGUAAUCUCUUUAGGGUAGUGUGUUUAUAGAGACAAUAAAUCAAGUGAGAAGUAAGCUUUGUCCUAAUUUAGGGGCUGCAUCUUUCAGAGGGCGCAUUUGAAGACCGAUUACGCAUCCAUACUUAUGAAAACAAUAUUCACCAAGCGGGGACUUUUGGGGGGUAAAAUGAAGUGUCUGGGGUUUGCUCCUGGAUCCUCCGAAGACUCCUAGUCGGAGAAUUCCAGCAGUGGAAACAGGGCUGAAGUAGAACCGCCUCGGGCAGUUUAUUUGCCCUGAAUAAAGUGCGAGUGCUGCUGAAUGGAGAUUCCUCUCUGACCUGCUGCUCUGAAUGUAGCUGCUCUCCGGUCAAAUUAAGGCCAGCAGCUCGGAAACACAAAUGAACCUCCUUUUAUUUAAAACCAAAUGACUUUACUCUGUGAUGCUCCGGGGCGACGACACGAGGGGGAAACACCAUCUACAGUUCUACAACCGGAAGCAGAGGUGAGGAACAGUAUCCAUAUACGUGCUGGUAGUAUAUAGAUUCAGUACUAAGAGGACUGGAUAUGAAUCCUGACACAACCGAUUAAUGCAGGACGUUAAAGAGGAUUACAGCUCCUCAUCUGGACAAAACCAAGAUGGGUCUUUAUUUUUUUUAGCAAAUAAAGUUGAAUUGUCCAAAAAUCUUUCUUCUCUGAAUUACUUUCUAUUAUAACGAGAACUUAUAUUGACAAUUUGUGUUGAUUUUUUUUAAAAAAAUGUUUACACUUAAAAUUAAGAAAAUAAAUACAAAUUUCUCUCCAUUUUUAUUUUUGCAUUGCUCUCAUGCUCCAUUAUACAAAACAGUUAAAUAUCUACUGGGAAGUACUUCCUAACUCCUCUGAGAGUAAUGGUUUUGAGAUUUGUCUUUUAUUAUUAUUAGUUUUUUAGAAGUAAAAUUUGAUUUUAGAGCUAAAAAAAAAAACAGGUUUCAUUUGAUCAAUAACGUUUAAUUAUAUAAAUAUAACAAUUUCUUAAAGGUGUAAUUAUCUGUAAUCUUUGUAAAUGUUUAAUUGACUUUGUCCCAGAAAUCGAGGCUCUGGCCCUGCAG